CAGGAAAGCCUCCGUCGGAGUUCGUGUGGGGGGCAGAGUCUUCGAGCGUCGAGCGAGAGAGAGAGAGAGAGAUGCUGCGAGGAGAAGCGCUGAGCGCGUACCGGGCUCUGCUGCGAGCCACGCGGCGGACGUUCCCCGGAGACGCCCUGAUGCUGUCGGAGUCGGCGGCGGAGAUCCGGGGCAAGUUCGAGGCGAACCGCCACGUCGCCUCCGAGGCCGACAUCCGCCGCCUCCUCGACGACGCCCGCGAGGCCUCUCGCUUCAUCUCCACCAUGAUCGUCCAGGCCAAGCUCGAUUCCAACGGCGCUUACGUGGUGAAACCUUCCAAAGAGCAUGCUGGGGCAACCCUGGAAAUUCCUUCGGAAGAACUCUUGCGGGAGAAAGUAUAAGGAGAAAGAAUUUCAUUCUCAUAAGGACAUUAACACCCAACUUGAAUUUUUUUAAGGAGAUGAUAUUUAAUAAAUUUCAUGACACUGGAAGAUCAAUGCAACUUGUAACCCCUGUAUGUUUUGUAGGAGAGCCUUCUCUUUUUGUAGGGCUUGAGUGAUUUCAAGAACUUUAUGUAGACCCGUGGGGCUCGUCUUGUGAUGAAGUACUAGCUUGUUUUCCACUGAAUGAUCGCACUAUUGGACCUUAUGAUUGAUGUUUCAUAAAGAUUGCAAGCGCCCUGUUAAACCAUUUUAAA